GAAGAAUCCAAAGGAUUUGGCGAGGAAGGGUGCCUGCGAGAGGCGCCAUGUUCGGAUGAGACGUUAUCGGUCAUCUCCGGCUUAGAUCUGCGGCGUUCAGCCUCUCUCUUCUUGCCGACCCAUCUCCCACGCCCUCGACGAUACCGAUGCCAUUCGCACGGCAUGGACACCUUUGCGAUCGAGAUCCGACGUCAUCGAUGCGCUGGAUCUGGCCACACCAACGGCAGAGAGGAGCGGCAGCGGCGAUUGCUUGCUCCCUUCCAAACAGCCGCCGUCACACCAAGUGAGUCUGCCCGUCGGUGACCAAGAUCCCAGCCCCUCUUCGUGUGGGCAUGUCGAUGGCAAGGAGGCCGCCGCGCAGUUCUCUGGCAAGUACCUGGUGAUGGACGUCGGCAGGAGGUUGUGGGGCAAGGACCGGCAAGUCAGGUUCUUUCUCCCUGACGUGCCCGCCAAGAUGUGCUUCUACGCAACAGUGCUGUGUAAGUUUGUGGGAGGGCUCUUGCAGGCACAGAGACGAUGCAUCGUCGUCUUGUUUGGUGUGUUGGUGCAUUCGUGCAGUGAUUGCGGGAUUGUGGAUGGUGACGUUGGGAGCUCUCACAUUCGUGCAGUGAUUGCGGGAUUGUGGAUGGUGACGUUGGGAGCUCUCACAAUCGUUCUUGUGCCUGACGCGAAAUGGGCUGGAAUCGUCGCAAUGAGUGGCCUUGGUACGUAGACGGAGGGAGGAAACCAGAACGCGCAAUGGUUUCUCUUCUCUAUUUGCUCGUUUGGCGUGUGCAGUGGGCGACCCUCUGCUUGCUAUCGUCAACUUGCGAUAUGCGUAUGGGACUUACAGGAACCUGGUUGUGCAGUUCGCGGCGUGUACGUAUGGCGUUAUCACCAUGGCCGCCAUCCUCCUCUACGCACGUACGCCAGCGGAGAAUCUGACCAAUGAAGCUGCCGUCCAUCUGUCCACAGUCCUGGUUUCCUUCCGUAUGUGUGUGUGCAGCGUUUGGCUAUGCGGCAUCACUGCUGGCCGUGCGUGUCGAGCUCGCAGUCUGCUCGCCAUCCUUCGCCUUCAUCGCCCAGCCACGACUGUUCACAAACGAGGAUGUGCUCAAGAGGCUUAAUGGUACCCAUUGGCUGCCGGCCAGGUUCAGCUUGAUGCCUGUCCCUCUUUCGGGCAUGCUGACGGCCUCUGGGUACACCUGGUCGGAGCACAACCCUCUCUGUGUGCUGGUGCGGAAGCUUGUGCCGUGGCUGAGGAAAAUGGACGACUUGGAGUUUUGCCGAAUGCUCAAGUACAUCACCUACCUGCUGACCUGUAUCGACUUCAUGUCCGACCUGGGUAAGUAAGUGGGCGACAAAAGUUUCUCGAUCUUUCGAUCUGUCUGUUUGCCUGUCUGUCUGUCUGUCUCUGUGUGUGUCUGUCGUGUGGUUGCUGCUCACCACCCAACGCCAUGCAGCUGUGGGGAUGGGUAUGAUUACCCAUGGCGUGUUGUGGCCUGGCGUGUGCAUCCUCAUUCUCUGCCAAGUGGACAACCUCAGCGCCAUCGUCUCAUACGGCAUCCGCACAAAGGCCACACUCCGGCAGCACGCAUCUCUCUUCGCCGCAUCGCUGUUCGAGGUGCCCAUCCUGGCCCUGACCAUCCUCUAUGGAGCAAGGUCGACCGACACUCUGACGAUCGUCAUCUCCAUCACGGCCACCUGCUGCACGGUGCUGACCAAGGAACUCGCCAUGCUGAAUGCGGUCAUCAUGCAGCGGGUGCGGGCGAAAGCAGCGGCGCUUGAGAUGAAGCCGAGCACCACACGACAGACCACCAGCACCGAGCGGCCGACUGAGCAGGACAGUGUGAGUUCUGCAUACCCGGUAUGAUUGAACCAUUCAUGGGUGGGGAACGAGUGAGAGUGUCUCAGAGCGUUUUAAAGGCAGUGGCUGCCAUACAUGUCAUGGCUGCGUCUCGGCCUGACCUCGUGUGUGUAUGUGAAUGUGCCUGGGCCGCACAUGCACGGCUGUGCGGUGCAUCUGUCCGUCUGUCUGAACUUGUGUCAGUUUUUGCCCACUGUGUUGGUCUUGUGUGUGGCUUGAUGGAUGGAUGUCGAUGCGAUCAAGGGAGCUUGUCUGUUGUGGAAACAGCGCAUGAACAAUCGCAUGUGUCUGCACUGCUCAACCAAUCGGAG